AUGGGUAAAUUCGUGGUCAAUUUUGCUAUUGAGCAUCUACUCUCGAGCUACCUGGACGGAGACUUGUCUCCAGUGGAUGUCAUUGAGUCCGUAUACGAGAGACUGGAGGCCUACCAUGAUAGAGCUGUUUGGAUCUCUGUAGCCCUCAAGGAGGAUGCAAUCAAACGGGCCAGGACACUCGCGACGCAUGGCCCAACGACAACUCUGCCACUGUAUGGGAUACCGUUCUCGGUGAAGGACUCGAUCGAUGUUGAAGGAUACGACACCACCCUAGCUUGCCCAUCAUAUGCUUACAAGGCGAAUCGCACUGCACCAGUGGUGCAAAGGAUCCUUGAUGCCGGCGGGAUCUUCAUCGGCAAGACUAACCUGGACCAAUUCGCGACCGGCUUGAACGGUAAUCGUUCUCCAUACGGUACCCCUCGUUGUGUUUAUGAUGCCGAGUACAUCUCAGGUGGUAGCUCAUCUGGGUCGGUGGUGAGCGUUGCUGCGAGCCUGGUCUCUUUUACUGUCGCAACGGACACAGCUGGGAGUACGAGAGUCCCAGCGUCCCUGAAUGGAGUUGUCGGCUUCAAGCCAACGCUGGGCACUUUGUCGACCGUUGGUCUCGUUCCCGCUUGCAAGACAGCAGACUGCAUCACCAUUAUUGCUAGGACGGUGGAUGACGUUAAGUCGGCCUGGGAUGUGAUGAAGUGGUUCGACGAGGAGGAUGUCUACGCUCGAAGGCUGCCGCCCUCGUGGCCUUGGAGCUGGUCCACAAGAACCAACGAGGUUCGAUUCGGCGUGCCUCCAGACGACCUCCUAAAGGUUCUGUCUCCAGACUACGCUGCUCUCUUCUCGACCGCAGUUCGAACCCUGGAAUCAGAUCUCAACCUUAUCCCGGCAGCCUUUGAGUACGACGCCUUCCAGUCUGCCAAUAACAUGCUGUAUGGUUCCUCGAUUGUCGCCCAACGCAUCGUGGCUUUUGACGAUUACAUCUCAGUCCACGGGCUCUCCAAGCUGCACCCCGUGAUCAAGGCCAUUUUUGAAGCCUCUUCGGGCUUCGAUGCGGUGCGAGCAUACAAGGACAUCUUCGACCUUCAGCUGUACAGGCGGCAGGCGGAGCAGCAGUUCAGAGACAACAUCGACGUGCUGGUCGUCCCAAGCACGGUGACGCAUUUCACAGUGGCCGAGAUCGACGAGGACCCGAUCGAGCGGAACAAGCUGAUGGGCAGCUUCACACACUUUGUCAACCUCCUGGACCUGUGCGCCGUGGCCGUUCCGACCGGCACUUGGACGAACAAGAACGGCCGCCAGAUGCCGUUUGGCGUGACGCUGAUCGGCCAGGCGGGGAGGGACGAGCAACUACUGGAGCUGGGCAGAGAGUUGACGCUGGCGAGCGGAUUCGUGCCUCGAGAAGGACCUUUCGAGGGCGCCUCGGCUACCUAG